AUGAGGUUAGAGAUUUUAGAAAAUUCAGCGAUCAUCGGGAAUAAUAAGAUCAGAACGCUUAUUCCAAAAGAUGGUGGGAAGAUAUACUUUAUGGCAAAAGAGGUUGCAUCUGCACUCGGAUAUAAGAACACCGUUGAUGCAGUUGCCAGACACACCGACGAAAGGUCGAGAAAUAUACUCAGAAAUAUACGAGCAGCGGGAAACACGCUCCUUCCCUCAAUGCAUCCCGAUACAGUUUUUAUUACCGAAUCUGGUAUCUAUGAACUUGUAUUCGGUUCAAAAUUACCCACUGCUAGGGAUUUCAAGUGGUGGAUAGUAGAUGAGGUUAUUCCGUCUAUUCGGAAAACGGGAACGUACACAUUACCAGGAGUUUUGAACAGAAUAAAAGGUAUCGGUGAUAUGGAAUUGUGUAAGCUUUCCGUUGGUGAUAAGGUAGAAGCAAGGGGUGAAUUUGUUCACAAGGGGAAUAUCGUUAAGGAUCCGGGAGCCGUUUCGCGUGGGAAAAAAGGUGGGCUGGCUGUCCAGAAAAAUAUCAGACGGACUAAGGAGAUAUCACGCGAAAGGGGAGCUAGGAUCCUCGAACUCGAAAAAGAACGGGAUGAUCUUGAAGAGGAGCUGGAUGUCCUCACAGACGAACGAGACGAUCUCAUAGAAGAACGAGAUAAUAUUACAGAGGAGCGGAACGGCCUCGAAGAAGAAUGGAACGAAGCUAGGCAGAGGGUACACGAUCUCGAAGUGGAAAUGGAUGAAAAGGACGAGAGAGUUCGUGAACUCGAAGAUGAGAACGAUGAACUUCGAACCAGUGAUAAGUGUUAA